ACUCACCACACUCUUGUGUCGGUGUAAGGACAGAGAGGACCACUGAAGACAAUCUUUUUUUUUUUUGUCCCAUUGUUGGAUUUUGUUCGCUACCACUGAUCUGUGGAUUUCAAGCCAACAAAAAAGUUGACAUGGCAGCAUGUCUGCAAAGUCCACAAUGGAGAUUCCUCCUGUUUGUUCUCAGUGUCUGUCUGGCCUCAGUCAGAACGGAUCCUUUCAACCAAGCUCAUCUUCACCAGUACAGACCUGGACCUAAUGAGGACAACAUCAUCAUCGCCAACAAUGGGAUUAGAGUCCCAUUAGGGAAAGCUGUGUUUUUGGACCCCAUGAACGACCUGGUGACAGAAGUCGCACCAGGAGACCGCUGCCACAUCACAGUCCUGGACAAUGACCCCCUAUCGCAGAGACCAGGGAUGCUGACCCCGAAGAAAUUCCCAUGUUCCUUCGCGCCGGAUGAAGUGAAAUACACUCAUUUUGGAUCCCGGAGCCCCAGCAAGGAUCGUGUGAAGCUGCAGCUGCGUUAUGACUCGCAGACGGACACUGUCAUCAUCCCGUUCAUGGUAGAAGUGGAGGUAGUUUUCCAGCAGCUGGAGAUCCUCACCAGGAAUAUGCCCAUCAAUGUGGAAAAGUUGAACGGCGACAGCAGCCCCAUUGACAACAAGGCUCUGGAGUUUUCCUACGAAGACGGGGUAACGCAGUGUAAGAUCACCACACUGGUCGGCGCUGGAGGUCUUCCCAGGUAUGGAACUCUUAUUAACAACCCCGCCAGCGGCCAAAUGGUAGACUGUGAUGAGUUUGUGAAGCGUGGCAUUCGCUACAAGCAUGUGGCUAAAACCAAUUCCCCAAAUAGAGACUAUAUCCCCAUGAUGGUAGAGCUGCAGGACAAUGAGGGCAACACGAUCAUGCAGGAACAUUUCCAAAUGAUGGUUAGAAUCAGAGAAGGUGCAGAGAACACCGCUCCGAAACCAAGCUUUGUGUCCAUGAUGAUGAUGGAGGUGGAUCAAUUUGUGAUGACCGCAAUUACUAGUGACAUGUUGGCUGCAGAAGAUGUGGAGUCUGAUGCAGAUGAUUUAAUCUUUAACAUCACAUCCCCACUGAGCCCUCAACAUGGAUACAUCAUAAGCACGGACGACCAGAACAUGCCCAUCACUUCUUUCUAUCAGAGGGACAUGAAAGAUCUCAAAAUAGCUUACAAACCACCUUCAGAGGACUCUGACGUGGAGAGGAUUUUCCAGCUGGAGUUUGAAAUCGUCGACACAGAUGGUGCCGUGUCGGACCCCUUUGCUUUUAUGAUAGUGGUGAAGCCCAUGAACACAAUGGCUCCCGUGGCCACCAAAAACACGGGGCAACUCUUGUUUGAGGGGCAGUCCAGGCCUCUCUCUAGCGUGCAAAAUUUAGAGAUCAGCGAUGAAGAUAACCUAGAAGACGUGACGAUCACCGUCAUUGAUGGCUUGAAGCACGGAACACUGAGCGUGUUUGGGGGUCGCAGGAAAUUCUUCACACCUGCCGAUCUAGAUGCCGGUAUUGUUGUGUACCAGCAUGACGGAAGCGACACCUACAGUGACAAUAUUAUUUUCCGCAUGACAGACGGCAAGAAUGAAGUGGAAUUCUUGUUUCCAAUCACUAUAGUGCCCACUGAUGACGAGCCGCCCAUUAUUAACGCCAACACCGGUCUAGUGCUCUUCAAGAAGGAAGUCAUGCAGAUAUCGCCGUUUAUUUUGAGCGCCACUGAUAUCGACUCAGAAGACUCCACCAUUAAGUUCAUCUUGGAGGCUCCUUACUCCACAGUGGGGGAGUUCCUGCUAAGACAAGUGGAACCUCCCUCUGACCCCUCUCUCUGGAAGUUCAGUGGGACAGAUGAGAUGUUUGAGCAGGUGGUGACUGAAUGGUUUCAACAAGAUGUCCUCGACGGGAAGCUCUUCUAUCGCCACAUCGGAAGCCACAGUACCACCACUGUAAUUGAUCAGUACGUGUUCCGGGUCCAGGAUGAUAACGAUCCGCCGAAUCAAUCAGGUGAACAGUUGUUUACCAUCAAAAUCCACCCUAUUGAUGACUUAUCUCCGGAGCUCUCACCUGGCACCACCCUUCACAUGACAGUCAAGGAAUAUGAGCUGACAUACUUUACAAAAUCAUAUUUGGGCUACAUUGAUCUAGACUCAGAAGACAGGGACUUAAAGUACACUAUUACUAAGCCUCCAACUGACACUGAUGAGAACAACGCAGAACCCUUGGGUGAUAUUGUGCUGACAGACAACCCUAACAUUGUGAUUACAGAGUUCACACAGGCACAAGUUAAUCACCACAAAGUUGCUUACAGGCCUCCCAACCAGGAGCUUGGCAUCACUCCUAAAGUGGCUCAGUUCACAUUUGUGGUGGAGGACACUUCCGGUAACACGGCAGAUGGACUGUUCACCAUUUUCCUGCAGCCGGUUGACAACAAACCCCCAGUUAUUACAAACACAGGUUUUACUGUUAUGGAGAGAAGUUCAUAUGUGAUUACCAGCAAAGAUCUGCACGCCACAGAUACCGACACAGAUGAUGAAAAUAUUGUUUUUACUGUAACCCAGAUUCCCAAAUAUGGGUAUCUGCAAUAUUUAGGCAUCGACAUGUCAAACGGUGAAACAUUUGUGCUGGAAGAUGUAGCAAACGGACGACUAGCUUACAUCCACGGUGGCGAGGAGUCCCUCAACGAUGUCAUAAAGCUGGACGUAAGCGACGGAUUCCAUGAGGUGCCCAUCACUAUUAAGAUCAGUGUGGACCCCGUGGAUGAUGAGUCCCCCACUGUUAUGCUUCCAGCAGGCCUGGUCGGAGCGUCAAUUGAUGUGCUGGAAAACGGAGCCACGGAGAUUACAAGCAAUGUGAUUCAGGGACGAGAUGAAGACACAGAUGACCUCAUGCUCAUGUUCAUAGUAGAAGAACCCCCCAGGCUGGGUGAGCUCCUUGUGAACGGAGCCCCUGCUGAGAGGUUUACCCAAGCAGACAUCAUCAAUGGAGCGGUGGUGUAUGUUCACACCUCUGGUGAAAUUGGACCAGUCAAACAAUACGACUCCUUCAACCUCACUUUGUCUGAUUUGUCCGAUCAGUGGGUGGUGGGUGGAAAUAAGGUCCAAGGUGUGACAGUCCACGUCACCAUCCUUCCAGUUGACAGUAUUCCGCCUAUUGUUAGCGUCGGGGGGCAGUUUUUUGUGGUGGAGGGCGAGAAAAACGUCAUCUCUCUUGACCAAAUCCAAGCAGAAGAUAUCGACACAAAUAGUGACGACAUCCUAUGCACCAUCAUCGUCCAACCCUCUUCCGGCUAUGUGGAGAACAUCUCCCCAGCUUCUGGUUCUGAGAAAUCAAGAGCAGGUACGGCCAUCACUGCAUUUAGCAUUAAAGAUGUGGCAAUUGGGCAUAUUUAUUAUGUACAAAGCAUUCAUAAAGGCGUGGAACCUGUGGAGGAUCGCUUCACCUUCCGCUGCUCGGAUGGAAUUAACUUUUCCGAUCGUCAUUUCUUCCCCAUCAUCAUCAUUCCAUCCAAUGAUGAGAAGCCUGAAAUUUUCAUCCGUGAGUUUAUAGUGAUGGAAGGAAUGAGCCUGGUCAUUGACACACCAAUCCUAAACGCAGCUGAUGCCGACAUCCCUGAUGACGAAUUGCACUUUGAGAUCAUCACAAAUCCCAAGCACGGUGUCAUAGUUCAGCAGCUCAGCACUGGUACUCUCCCAGUGGAAAGAUUUGACUUGGAACAGAUCAAGGAGGCGUCAAACAUCGUCUAUGAACAUGAUGACUCGGAAACCACAGAGGACAGCUUCGUGAUAAGGCUCACGGACGGGAAACACAAAGUGGAAAAAAAAGUCCUUAUAAUGGUCAUCCCUGUUGACGACGAGACACCAAGAAUGGCCAUCAAUGACGGCCUUGAGGUUGAUAUCGGUGAGACUAAAGUCAUUAGCAACAGGAUCUUGAAAGCCACCGAUCUGGACUCCGAAGAUAGCACAUUAGUUUAUAUCGUUCGCUAUGGUCCAGGCCAAGGCUACCUUCAGCGCAUCACCAAGUUUGGAGAUGUUAUCGGGAACAUCACAGUGGGAAUGAACUUCACGCAGGUCGAAAUCGACAAACAGCUCAUCCAGUAUGUGCACACUGGACAGGAAGGUAUCCGAGACUUGUUGAAGUUUGAUGUUACGGACGGCAUCAACGCCCUAAUUGAUCGUUACUUCUACAUCAACAUCGGAAGCAUAGACAUGGUCUUCCCACAAGUCAUUAACAAAGGCGUGACUCUCAAGGAAGGAGGAAGAGUAACUCUGACGACCGACCUCCUUAGCACCACUGACAUCAACAGUCCUGAUGAAUUCCUCAGCUUUAGCAUCACUCGGGCCCCAAGCAGAGGCCAUCUGGAGUGCACGGACCAGCCGGGUGUUCCCAUUUCCACCUUCACCCAACUGCAGCUUGCUGGCAACAAAAUCUACUACAUCCAUACCUCGGAUGAUGAAAUGAAGAUGGACAGCUUCGAAUUUGAGGUGACAGACGGAUACAACCCCGUCUUCCGCACAUUCAGAGUGUCUAUCACUGAUGUCGAUAAUAAGAAGCCAAUCUUGACCAUAAGCAAUCUUGUGGUGGAAGAAGGCGAAACUAAGCUCAUCACGCCAUUCGAGCUAACGGCGGAGGACCGCGACACCCCGGACAACCUCUUGCGCUUCAUUGUUACGCAGGUGCCGGUUCAUGGGCAGCUGCUCUUCAACAACUCUCAAUCUAUCACCACUUUCACCAAGCAGGACCUGAACGAGAACCUGAUCAGCUACAAGCAUGACGGCACAGAGACCAACGAAGACAGCUUCUCCUUCACUGUCACGGAUGGCACUCACAGAGACUUUUAUGUCUUCCCCGACAUAGUCUACGACACGCGCAAACCCCAGAUGAUGACUAUUCACAUCAACACGGUGGACAACGGCGUGCCGCAGAUUGUGGUCAACAAGGCCGCAGCCUCGCUCAAGGUCCUGCCCUCAGGACACAUGGGCUUUCUGAUCACCAGCAAAGCCCUGCGAUCGGAGGACCGCGACAGUCAGCAGAAAGUCCUGAAGUAUGUUGUGUCUGAGGCACCACAGCACGGCUUCAUCAUUAACCUCGCCAAGGGCAACGACAGCAUCGAGACCUUCACGCAAGCUGACAUCAACGACAUGAAGAUCUGCUACGUCUUGUUGGACGGGAGCAAUGCCACCAGCGACAUCUUCUACUUCACCAUCGAAGAUAACGGUGGAAACAAACUCAAACCUCAGCCAUUCCGCCUCAACUGGGCCUGGAUCUCACUGGAGAGGGAGUACUACCUUGUGGACGAGGAUGCCAAAUUCCUGGAGGUGACGCUCAAACGCAGAGGAUACCUGGGGGAGACGUCCUUCGUCAGUAUCGCAACCAAGGAUGGCACUGCUGAGAAGGACAAAGACUUCCGUGGUAAAUCCCAGAAGCAGGUCCAGUUUAACCCGGGCCAGACCAUCGCUACCUGGAAAGUGAAGAUCUUCACUGACCAGGAGUUUGAAACCUCUGAGAACUUCGAGAUUCAACUCUCAGACCCGGUCAUGGCGGUGUUGGAGUUCCCUGAUACCGCGGUCGUGGAGAUCGUGGACCCUGGAGAUGAAUCGACCGUGUUUAUUCCUCAAGCCGAGUACAAGAUCGAGGAGGACAUCGGAGAGCUGCUGGUGCCGGUCCGACGCUCGGGAGAUGCUAGCCAAGAACUUAUGGUGAUCUGUUUCACUCAGCAAGCAACGGCCAGCGGCACCAUCCCCACUUCGGUGUUGUCCUACUCCGACUACAUCACCCGACCCGAGGACCACAACAGCGUGCUGCGCUUCAACAAAGACGAGCGCGAGAAGCUGUGCCGCAUCAUUGUCAUCGACGACUCGCUUUACGAAGAAGAGGAGAGCUUCAACGUCACCCUCAGCAUGCCCAUGGGGGGCAAGGUGGGCGCCAGCUUCCCCUCCGCAAAGAUCACCAUCUUGGCCGACAGUGACGAUGAACCCUCACUGUAUUUCGGGGAGCCCGAGUACGUGGUGGACGAGAGUGCUGGUUAUGUGGAGGUGAAGGUGUGGCGAACAGGUACUGACCUUUCCAAGACGGCCACCGUGACGGUUCGUUCCAGGAAGAGUGAGCCCGUUUCUGCUGAAGCGGGACUGGACUAUGUGGGCAUCAGUCGCAACCUGGACUUUGCCCCCGGGGUAACAAUGCAGACUUUCCGGGUGACCAUACUGGAUGACUUAGGUCAGCCAGAGCUCGAGGGAGCCGAGACCUUUGACCUGGUCCUACGCAUGCCCAUGAAUGCGGUGCUUGGAGAACCCAGCAAGACCACCAUCACCAUCAACGACACCACCACUGACGUACCAAAGUUUCAGUUCAAGGAAGGCAGCUACAAGGUGGACGAGGCAGACGGCGAAGUCAAGGCCAUAGUGUACCGUAGCGGCGACAUUAGCCUCAGCGCUACGGUACGCUGCUACACCAGACAGGGGUCAGCUGAGGUCAUGAUGGACUACAGUGAAAGACCUAACACCGAAGCAUCCAUCAUCACUUUCCUGCCAGGUGAGACGGAGAAGCCAUGUGUGGUCAAACUGGAGGACGACUCCGUCCACGAGGAGGAUGAGGAGUUCCGGCUGGUGCUGGGAACCCCUAAGAGCAAGUCAGCCUACGGAGCGUCGGUGGGGGAGCAGAAGGAGGCGCUGAUCAAGAUCACCGACGACAAAGACAAACCCGUCAUUCGUUUCUCUGAGAUCAAGUACAGCGUGCGAGAGCCGCAGGUCAAAGGCGACGUGGCGAUUGUCCAGAUUCCCAUUUUACGCAUCGGUGACACCUCAAAGCUGUCGGUGGUGAGGGUGCACACCAAAGACGGAUCAGCCACCUCAGGAGAGGACUACAACCCCCUCUCAGAAGACGUGGAGUUCAAAGAGGGCGACAAGGAACAUUUUAUAGAGAUCGAGAUCCUGUACGACGGCGAGCGGGAGAUGAGGGAGGCCUUCACCGUGCACAUGAAGCCUGACGACAACAUGGUGGCCGAGAUAAAGAUGAACAAAGCCAUCGUGUACAUCGAGGAGAUGGACAGCGUGGCGGACGUGACCUUCCCCGCCGUGCCUCGUGUGGUUUCCCUGCUCAUGUACGACGACACGGCGAAGACCAAAGACAGCCCCAACCCGGCUAACGGAUACCCUGUUGUGUGCGUGACGGCCUGUAACCCCAAGUACAACGACUUUGACAAAACCGGUUCCAUCUGCUCUGCGGAAAACAUCAACGACACCCUGACCCAGUAUCGCUGGCUGGUCAGCGCACCCACGGGGUCGGAUGGAGUGACCAGUCCCAUGAGGGAGGUGGACACCAACACCUUCUUCAGCAACACAAAGUCCAUCACCUUGGAUUCCAUCUACUUCCAAGCGGGUUCUAGGGUCCAGUGCGCCGCCAGGGCCUUCAACGCCAACGGGGACGCUGGUUUGGAGCUGUCCAGUCCCAUUGUGGUGGUCAGCAAGGAGGAAGGCAUGUGCCAGCCUCGUGUCCAAGGUACUGUCGGAGCUGAACCUUUCUCUGCCAAGAUCCGCUACACGGGCCCGGAUGACCCCGACUUCCCCAACCUCAUCAAGCUGACUGUCAACAUGCCCCACAUGGAUGGCAUGUUGCCGGUGAUUUCCACACGACCCCUUUCCAACUUCGAGCUGACACUGAGCCCUGACGGCACCCGCGUGGGCAACCACCGCUGCUCAAACUUGCUGGACUUCAACGAGAUCCAAACGGGCCACGGCUUCCUCACCGACGCCACCAAGAACCCGGAGAUCAUCGGCGAGACGUCGCCCUACCAGUACAGCACCGCCAUGCGCUCCUCCAACUCCCUGCGCUUCUACAGGAACCUCAACCUGGAGGCCUGCCUCUGGGAGUUCAGCAGCUACUACGACAUGUCCGAGCUGCUCAACGACUGCGGGGGGUCCAUAGGCACCGACGGACAGGUGCUGAACCUGGUCCAGUCCUACGUCACCCUGCGCGUGCCCUUAUUUGUGUCCUACGUCUUCCACUCUCCCGUGGCGGUGGGCGGCUGGCAGCACUUUGACCUUCAGUCGGAGCUCAAACUCACCUUCGUCUACGACACGGCCAUCCUCUGGCAGGAAGGCAUCGGCAGCCCACCGGAGUCGGAGCUGCAGGGUGCCAUGUAUCCCACCAGCAUGAGGAUCAAUGAGGAGGGACGUCUGGUGGUCAACUUCAAGACGGAGGCUCGCUACAGGGGACAGUUUGUUAUGUCUCAUCCAGGGACCAGCGUGUCCUCCAUGGUGAUCUGCGCCGACCACCCGGGUCUGACGUUCACUCUGUCCCUCGUCAGGACCGAGCCCACUCACAACCAGCCCAUGCAACAGUGGACUUUUGUUUCCGACUUUGCCGUGCGGGACUACUCGGGGACGUACACCGUGAAACUAAUCCCCUGCAUCGCAUCCCCCAACGGAGAGUUCAGCAUCCCCCCCGUGUGUCACCCAAGGGAGCCUCUUACCUUCGAUAUGGACAUCCGCUUCCAGCAGGUGAGUGACCCGGUGGCGGCGGAGUUUAGCCUCAACACGCAGAUGUUCCUCCUGUCCAAGAAGGAACUCUGGCUGUCUGAUGGAUCAAUGGGCUUUGGGGAAGGCACUGAUGUUGCCUUUUCAGAAGGCUCAGAGAUCUAUGGCCGCGUCAUGGUGGACCCGGUGCAGAACCUGGGCGACUCCUUCUCCUGCAGCAUCGAGAAGGUCUUCCUGUGCACAGGAGCCGACGGUUACGUUCCCAAGUACAACCCCACGAAUAAGGAGUACGGAUGCCUGGCGGACUCGCCAUCUCUGCUAUACAGGUUCAAGAUCCUGGACAAGGCCCAGCCGGAGACUCAGGCGACGGCGUUCGGGGACGUGGCGUUCAAGGCCACACUGGCUCAAGACACAGCCGGAGCUCUGACCUUGGUCAAGCAGCCAGGAUCCGACGGCUUCACCCUGUCCUCGUCACCGCUAUUCCAGGUGGCGGCAGGGCGAGAGUGGUUCAUCCACACCAUCUACAUGGUGCGCUCGAAGGAGAACGCCAACCGCGGCAAGCGCGGCGUGGACUACCUCCAUCACAGCCUUUCCUCCGCAGAGUUUCCACAGGCAUCAGACUCGGGUCCUCUCAGGCGCCGCCGCGCCGCCCCGUCUUUCUCCGGCCCUGCCGUCGCCCAAGACAUCGGCGCCGACAACAACCGGGGCACCAACAUCCAGCACAUCACUCUGGACCGCGCGGACAGAGUGCUGGUCAGCCAGCGCCAGCCUUGGUCACCCGGGUCGGAUCGUCACCCGCGGCUGGAGCGCCCCCUCGUGGGGGACUCCGGCGCCCCCGACAGCUCCACCCUGCCGAUGAUUGUCGGCCUGUCGGGUCUGAUCCUCCUCGCCUGCCUCAUCGCCACCGCGGUGGUUCUGCUGCUGAGGCGCAAAAAGAAAGAGAAGAGCCCGCCGUACGCCAGCUCGUCGUCUUCCGCCUACAACGGCUACAGCCAAGGGGCGUCCAGGAUGUGGGGCGGCUCGGAUAGUUCUGAGGUCUAAAAGGAGAGGACUCUCCCCUAAAUAUUGACUAUUUUGGUCUCUUCCACCACCGUGCCUUCAUUUGCCAACUUGUGUAGCACUGAAAAGAGCCCGGUACCACCUGUGGACGUCACAGAUCCACUUUGGACACACUGAGGAGGGGCACUUUUUCAUUGCUGUGAUUCUAUUGUUGUUUUCUCUUUUUCUUGGAAAAUCUCCCUCUUUCUUCCCCUGCAACUGCAUGAAAAGCAACACACACACAAAAACGCUAAAUGUAAUCCGCUCCUGCAGCCAUAUUUUGAUGACAAGAAAGGUUUUUAUGUUACUAUUAUUAUUAUUAUUAUUAUUACUGCAAUUGACUAUGUCCUGUUGACUGGAAUGAAUGUUAGUUGACUCAUCGAAUGCUAAUGUGAUAAAAGAUUGUUAUAUUUUUCACCACACAAACACACACACAAACAGAACAGAUUUUGUAGAUAUAGGUUUUGUUUUUGUUUUUUUGCAGAAAUGGAGAAAUUCAUAUUUUUGAAUAAAACUGUUGAGAUGAACAUGGUUGAA